UAGCCCACCCGAACAUGGCCCGGGAUAAUUUGGAACUCCGCGGGAGGGGCACUUCACUUCCCGUAAUUACGAGUGGAUACCGACCGUCAUCAGACGAGAGGAACAGAUCCGAAUUGAAUUUCAACGAUUAAUACCAUAACGGAGGAGGUAACCAUGGCAACGAGGGGUCAUUCCUCAUGUUCCUCGAUGAGUAACCACACCAAGGAGAGAGUGAACAUGGCUAUGGUGACCCUGGAGAACUUCUACUGUAACCUGAUAGACCAGCAUGAGGAGAGAGAGAUGAGGCAACAGAAGCUGGAGAUGGUGAUGGAGGAGGAGGGGCUGCCUGAUGAAGAGAAGCGUAUUCGGCGCUCCCAGCACGCACGUAAGGAGACAGAGUUCCUGAGGCUGAAGAGAACCAGGCUGGGAUUGGAUGACUUUGAGUCCCUCAAGGUGAUUGGUCGAGGAGCUUUUGGAGAGGUGCGUCUGGUCCAGAAGAAGGACACAGGCCACAUCUACGCCAUGAAGAUCCUGCGCAAGGCCGACAUGCUGGAGAAGGAACAGGUGGGCCAUAUCCGGGCUGAGAGGGACAUCCUGGUGCAGGCAGACAGUCUGUGGGUGGUCAAGAUGUUCUACAGCUUCCAGGACAAGAUUAACCUCUACCUACUCAUGGAGUUCCUACCUGGAGGUGACAUGAUGACAUUGCUGAUGAAGAAGGAUACUCUGUCAGAGGAGGAGACUCAGUUCUAUGUGGCUGAGACGGUACUGGCCAUAGACUCUAUACACCAGAUGGGCUUCAUACACAGAGACAUCAAACCUGACAAUGUACUGCUGGACUCUAAGGGCCAUGUGAAGCUGUCAGACUUUGGCCUGUGUACAGGGUUGAAGAAAGCCCAUCGUACAGAGUUCUACAGGAACCUCAACCACAGCAUCUCCAAUGACUUCACAUCUCAGUACAUGAACUCCAAGAGGAAAGCAGAGACCUGGAAGAGGAACAGACGCCAGCUGGCAUUCUCCACUGUGGGAACUCCAGACUACAUUGCCCCAGAAGUGUUCAUGCAGACUGGAUACAACAAGCUCUGUGAUUGGUGGAGCCUGGGGGUCAUCAUGUAUGAGAUGUUGAUUGGCUACCCCCCUUUCUGUUCAGAGACGCCCCAGGAAACCUAUAAGAAAGUGAUGAACUGGAAGGAGACUCUGGUGUUCCCUCCAGAAGUACCUAUCUCAGAGAGGGCCAAGGAUCUCAUCCUCAGGUUCUGCUGUGAGGGAGACCAUCGGAUCGGGGCGACAGGAGUGGAGGAGAUCAAGAGAAACCUGUUUUUUGAGGGAGUCGAUUAUGACCACAUCAGGGAGAGACCUGCAGCGAUCCCCAUUGAGAUUAAAAGCAUCGACGACACGUCAAACUUCGAUGAGUUCCCUGAGUCAGACAUCCUUUCACCCACAGCUGCAGCAGCUCCCACCAAGUCCCCAGCAGCAGCAGCUGCAGCGGAGGCUGACUAUAAGAAUAAGGACUGGGUCUUUAUCAACUACACCUACAAGCGCUUUGAGGGUCUGACAGCCAGGGGAGCCAUCCCUUCCUACACGAAGGGAAGUAAGAGAUGAACUGUGACCCAAUAACUUUUGCUGCAAUGGCCCCCUGAACCCCUCACCUCCCAGCAACACCCAGAUGUCUUCACUUCACUGUUCUAUUUCAUAUUACCACAAAUAUGAAAAAAGCUAAAUAUCAGUUUAUUUCGCCAGUUCAGUUAAACUGUGUUAAUGGGGUAAGUAUAUUCCCUGCAGGCCUCCUGAACCAGGAUUCAUUAUACCCGGUGAAUAAACGGUUGUGACCACUGUUUGACCUUUCUGCGAAUGUAAAACUUGAUCUUAGAAACUGGGAUAGCAGCUUUGAUUGAGUAGGACCCAAUAAAUCCUAACCUUCCCAGGUGGUUGAAAUGACUCUAACCUUCCCAGCAGCACUGAACAGCCGUAGAGCCGCCCCCUUUGUGCCCCUCCAGAACCUUCUCCCUAUUCCUCUCCUCAACCAGUCAGACUGUUCAUAGGAAAACGUCUCUACUGUUCUCUGGGAGCUGGCAGGUUCCCAGCAGUCUGUAUCACUUCCCCUGUGAUGUCAUCAGAUCACUGCUUGCCUUCAAGGGAGGAGUUAGACGAUUGCUAUUUUAGGGUUCUAUUUUGGGGAUUUUUGUGAUGUCACCAGUUAGUGAGUGAGAAUUUUCAACAAAGGACAGAACAUUCCAUCGUGGUCUUGCUACUCCUCUAGAAAUAUAAGCAAGAACCACUUCUCCUUUACUGCCUUUGUUGUGCCCAGUUAUUUUUCUUCUGUAAUUUUGUAUAAUACAGACAUUUUCAAUAAGGUUGAUUCUAAAUGCUAUUGUAUUGAAAUAGUAUUAGUUUUCAGGGAUAUAACUAAUGCUGGUUGUGUGUGUAUGUUGAGCUGUCUGAAUCUGCCUUUACCCAAAGAACUACAGGAGCUGUACAGUAGUUUAACAUUUGAAUCCCCCCUUCUUUAAUGUCAAGUUGUUUCAUUGCAUGGUGGAAAGAUCUGGACUUUCGCUCUCACAACUUACUUACUUGAUUUUUUUUACAGCCGGACUUUCUAAAGCUGGUAUUUAAAGAAAGGAUUCUUAUUUUAGUCUUCAGUUUUUUUCCAAAUAGUAUUUUUAACUCACAAAGGUACCACUGUUUUAUGAAUAACGCUGGUUAUUCAUGAAUUUCGUGUACAUUUUAGAACUUCCCUAAAUAUGGAAUUUCAACUUUCGUGUGUGUGUGUGUGUGUGUGUGUGUGUGUGUGUGUGUGUGAACUUGUUCUCACUUUACUGGAGUAACUACAGGAGACUUUACUAGAGUAACUAGUAAAUCAUCUAAUUACUAUGCCAUCUGGUAGUAGUACAGCUAUGGAACACUAACCCUUUGUUCAAAGUCUUAGAAUUUUCAAGAGAAUACAAUGCUGAGUGCUAUGUAACUUCUUAUGCUUAAAGGUAAUUCCCAUAUAGUUACCCUUUAGUAAUACCUUUGUAAAGUGUCCUUUCCAGAUGGACGACUGAAUGACGUUGAAGUGUAGUUUUCUACUCAUUCUAGUUUUCACUCGAGUGCUUUAAGGUGUUUUUAUUGCCGGAGAAGUAAGCCCUGAGCAGCUGCUUAGAAUGAUAGACACACAGGCUGCGUUUACACAGGCAGCCCAAUUCUGGUAUUUUUUUCACUAAUUGGUCUUUUGACCAAUUAGAUCAGCUCUGAUAUUGAUUUGAUGUGAAAAUAAUCUGAUGUGAUUGGUCAAAAGACCAAUAAGUGGAUACCAAUUGGGCUGCCUGUGUAAACGCAGCCUUACUACUGUAGUGCUGUUUGAAAAGGUACACGUGACAAACAGGCGGUACAACACUUUCCAUUAUGUCUGCUGAUGUGUUUAACAGAUAUCCAUAUGCAAAUGACUGCAUGUAUAAACCGCAAUCAUUUCUCUCUGCUGGAUGACACAUACAGUAUACUCUGCAUAGACGUGAGUGUGUGUCUUAUUGAAUACUUCUAUGAGGUUUUGAAUGUUUUCAGCUCAACCACAUUUCUUUGCAAAGAAAAAAGCUUUAAAUGCUAAAAUGAUAUCAUUCAAUAAAAGUUUUUUACAACUCUGUG